CCUUACGUCGGCGGGGAGGUCUGACGUCUUGUGUAUCCUUCUUCUUCAUUCUACAAGCAAGGCGGACGCUAGUGACGCUAAGAAUCUGUCAAGAAACCGAUCAAAACAACAGGAAGUCUUGGGUAUAAAUGAUGCAGCCGGCUAGUGAGAGGUAUAGCUCCAACAGGAGAGACCACCAAGACACAAGAAGCACGGAGAGAAGACGUCCAACAAACUCAAGAAGUCACCGCUGCAACCAUGAUGUUCUUCAGGGAAAUAGUUUUCUUUUGCAUCGUCGGCUUUGCCAUCUCCACCCCGAUCUCCAAACGACAGGCUGAACAAAGUUCCGAAGCCUUCAGCUGUGAGGGCAGGUCCCCGGGGAUGUACAGUGACCCUAAGAACUGCUCCAUGUACUACGAGUGUGUGCUGGGCCACCCCGUGUACCAUCGCGCAUGCGCGCCUGGAGGACCCGUGUUCGACGAACAAGACCACAUGUGUGACUGGCCCGAGAACGUGCCGCCGCCAUGCGGGACACAGAGGAUGGUUACCGAGGCUCCCGAGCCCUUCACCUGUGAUGACAAGGCCCCGGGUCUGUACGCAGACCUGCUGAACUGCAGUAUGUACUGGGAGUGUGUGGUCGGACAUCCCGCCUACAACCGGCCCUGUGCGCCUGACGGACUCGUCUUCAACACCCUGCUGGGAGUCUGUGACUGGCCCUACAACGUCGUCGGUACGUGCGGGACGAAGUCUUCACGUUCCCGCCGUGAUGUCACUGAGGAGUCUGGGGACGAGAGCACAGACGAGACCAUGAAUGAAGUUUUCAGCUGUGAGGACAGGUCCCCGGGGAUGUACAGUGACCCUAAGAACUGCUCCAUGUACUAUGAGUGUGUGCUGGGCCACCCCGUGUACCACCGCGCAUGCGCGCCCGGAGGACCCGUGUUCGACGAACAAGACCACAUGUGUGACUGGCCCGAGAACGUGCCGCCGCCAUGCGGGACACAGAGGAUGGUUACCGAGGCUCCCGAGCCCUUCACGUGUGAUGACAAGGCCCCGGGUCUGUACGCAGACCUGCUGAACUGCAGUAUGUACUGGGAGUGUGUGGUCGGACAUCCCGCCUACAACCGGCCCUGUGCGCCUGACGGGCUCGUCUUCAACACCCUGCUGGGAGUCUGCGACUGGCCCUACAACGUCGUCGGCACGUGCGGGACGAAACAUGAAACUCGUGACAUGGACAUGAUGGAUGAUACCUUCCUAACAGACUCUGGGAAUGAGACCGACGACAUUGGCUCUGGGGACGAGACCACCGAUGAGCCCAUCGAAGUUUUCAGCUGUGACGGGAGAGCCGAGGGCCUGUAUUCCGACCCUGCCGACUGCUCCAUGUACUACCAGUGCGUGGUGGGCCACCCCCUGUACCACCGCCCAUGCGCUCCGGGAGGAACCGUCUUCGACGAGGAGGACCAGAUCUGCGACUGGCCCGAGAACGUGGCGCCACCAUGCGGGACGGAGAUGACACGUCCACCCUUCACGUGUCUGGGAAAGGUCCCCGGCAGCUACACCGACCCUGACGACUGUGCUAAGUACUACCAGUGUGUAGCCGGCCAUGCUGACCCCAUCCACCGCGACUGUCCCGCCGGAGGACUCGUCUUCGACGCCGAGCUGAUGAUCUGCAACUGGCCCACGGCCGUCAUGGCUCCGUGCGGGUACAAAAGAGAGUAAGUACACAUGUACCAGGGAGACACCAACAGCCAGGAAGCCCUAAGCCAUAUAGUUUCAGUGUGAUAAGUGAUCUGUAAGACCCUAUCGUUUGUCCAGAGAUUUUAUCUGAGUAUGCAAAAGCUCGUGUUUCAUAGUCAUAGUGUUAUCAUGGACUGCUGGUCAGUCUGGUUGUCUUAAAAGUCUACAUUUUGUACUGCAUAUAACUUAUUAUAAGUUAUGGUAUACUGCUGAGACUUUGCUUCUUUUGUAAGCUUUUACACUAUUUUGCAAUAAAGAAAGUUUGAAACAUA